GCGUUCUGAAAGCAUUAAAAUAAAAAGUCAUUAGUGUCAAACAGUGAAAUUUUCUGCAGUGAGGCGGCGUUGGUUUUUUACAGUAACCAUAAUAUCGUAUUAUAUUCCAUUUUUAAUACAUCAUCUACUAUAUUGCUGGAUAUGACAUCGACUGAGCAAAAUGGGGCUUCAGAAUUGAAGGGUGAAGCUGUGGAGAAAUCCAUCGACGAAGCGGAGCCACAGGAAGAUACCAUUGAUUUGACAGCGGCGUCUGAGGAGACCAAGGAGGACAAUGGCAAUGACGACUUCCAACCGAUGCCGGAUGAUCUGAAUGAUUUCGUGGUUGUUGAUGAAGCGGAGAUAACGGACCCAGAGGAUGAAAAUGGAGAGGACGGGCUUCUUGAUGAGGUGACAGAGUCUGUGCAAUGGGAUUGUCCUGCGGAUCGGUUGGCACCGCGCACCUACACAGACAGGGAUUUUCGGCCAACGAUACGGGAUCCACGAUGCAAGGAUGAUUGGGUACUGGGUACGUUUUGGCCUGUUUACGUCGGCAACUUUCGAUUGUUCGGAAAGUACGGGAAAGACUACAAUUGUGCGCACUCAAUUCAUAAGUAUUUUGCAUCCAAGGGCAUCCCGUCAUUUGUGGUGUUCCGAUUGAAGAACAACUUUUUCAAAGAAUACCAGCAGCUGGUUGGUCUUUACGAUUUAUUGGUUUAUUUCUGCUGCGAGAAGGAUGCGAACCGUGCGAUCCAGUGGUGUCAUCGGGAUCUGUAUUACGGCUAUAAACUGAAUGUGUACAGCGGUCGGAAGCCGGUAUAUUUCGCAAGUCAUAAGUCGUGGCGUUUCGAACAUGUCAAAACUGAGGACAAACUUGAAAUCGAAUCCAACAUGGAGCAAUAUUUCCGGCGCUUUGGGGAAGUUGUAUCCAUUUCGAAGCAAGAUUUAAACGGCGUAUAUGUGCAGUUUAAGACAAAGCUUCGCCUUCGCGACGACCAAGAUACUUUUCAGAACGAUCGCUUUAAGGGAAAGAUGGUUGUUGAGAAGGUCCAAAGGCAACGAUUCGUCGAGCAGGAUGUCGAGGCCGAAAUACUGAAAGCGAUCGCCGAAAGUCCCCAGUUCUUCCGGAGUCGUCCCAGACGGUCGGUAAUGGUUUCGCUUAUGCAUGGUGUCAUUCCUGAGAUGUUUCGUAAUUGGGAACACCCCGAGCUAAUGAAGGGUAACAAAAGAGCAGCAGUGCCACCUGCUAGGUUGGAUCGUACUGGCCCUAUUCGAAAGAAAGUUCGCCGAUUGGAAGACAGGGCAAUUGUACCCGAUUUUAAGAGACCAGCAACAAAUAAACGAGAUUUUCCCGUAAGAGGAAAUCAGAAUCCAGCGUUGAGCAAUGAUCGGAGAAGGAUGAAAGACCGCAGACAGCGUCUUCCAUUUAAAUACACUCGCCGUCGUGAUUUCGACGAUUUUGAUUAUGACAAACCUCAGCGGCGCCCACGGAGAGGAAAUCCAGAAGUGGCCAGAGCUGUUGGUCCUAAGCUUCAAACUGAGAACCCUAUGCCCAGACGAAUUCGUAGAGGAAGACGGCGGCCAAAAAUUCCCCUAACUGGAUCAAACACCAUCGAACAGUAAUAUUCAAAUAAUAUAUCAACUUACUUUGUAGUGUUCAAGCAUAAUUUUACUCAUUUUGAAAACUAACCAUCUCAACGGCGGCGUUUGCUAGUAAUAGGUAAUGAUUAAUGGCAUCUAUGUCUAUACACAAAUAAAAUUCACUGUAAACAAUUCGAAAUUGCGGAAUUGAACAAUGCUAUCUGAGAGCAGGAAGAAAAAUAUAUUCAUGGAAGGAUUUUGAGCUAGUUUA